UCAACAGGUAUCUAAUGUAGCAGUUGAGUUGUGGUAACAUUGACACAAGGUGUAUGUGCAUUGACGUGCAAAUUUACCUUGAGGCUGCGUACGUCUCAUUGGAGGAUCCCAGAGGAAUUCCUGGUGUCUUGGCUAAGAGUUUAGAUGAGCUUUGAAGAUUAAUUUCAUCAAGUCAUGGAUGACAAAGGAUCCAUGGAUUCUCUGGACUUAGUGAGUCCUUACCUGUUCACGUACAAAAAGAGGAACUUUCUGGUUAAGGACAAAUUGAGACCCAACGACCUCGACACUCUCCAGCAUUUUGAGCUCCGUCCAACUGAUGUCUUCCUCAUCACGUACCCCAAGUCAGGCACAGCUUGGAUGCAACAGAUCAUUCUCCAGAUCAUGGAUGAGGCCCACCCUGAACAGGCAGAAGAUGUCAGCAACAGGAUCCGAGUUCCUUGGUUGGAGGAAAGAUCUGCAGAUGACCCAAACCGAGUAAGGCCAGAUCCUCGGAUCUUUGGCACACAUCUCCCCCCUGACAUGUUGCCCCUCGCAGUGAAAAGCAAGCAAAUCAAGGCUGUUUAUGUCUGGAGGAACCCGAAGGAUGUCCUGGUGUCUUUAUAUCACUUUGCUCAGAGUUGGGUUUUACUGGAAACGCCUUUGAGCUUUGAGGAUUUCUUCCAGCAGUUUCUGGAUGGUAAAGUUUACAUGGGAUCAUGGUUUGAUCAUGUGAGCGAGUAUUCUGCAGCACGGAACCAACUGAACAUCCAUUUUGUGCAGUAUGAGAACCUGUUGAAGGACCUCAGAGGGGAAGUUGUGAAGCUUUGUUCUUUCCUUGGACAAGACUUGACGGAUGAAGCCAUCGAUCGUGUGGUGGAGAGCUCCACCUUUAAAAACAUGAAGACCAACCCCAAUGCAAACUACAAGGAGUUCAUCGAAAAAGAACGCUACAAGAAGGAAACCAUGCGUAAAGGGGUGGCGGGCGACUGGAAGAAUCACUUGACUGUGGCCCAGAAUCAGCGUUUUGACGAAGUCUUCAAAGAAAAGAUGAAGACCCUUCCUCUGACCUGCAUCUGGGAGAUGAGUCAGUAGCUGCUCUCCAAUUUAGCUCAGCUCACUGAUUUUCUCCCUCAGUGAUCCACACUGCAACUGCUUUUCACCAGCAUCAGACAUUCAUCUCUUUUUGCUGCUCAGUUGCUGCAUCUGUUUUCAUCUGGCCAGUUUUUUAUCUGCAUCUGAGAGUUCUGCUCUCCAAUUCAGCUCAGCUCUUUACUGCAGGGAAUGAUUUUCUCCCUCAGUGAUCCACACUGCAACUGCUUUUCACCAGAACCAGAAAUUCAUCUCUUUUUGCUGCUCAGGCUAAAAGUUUGUUUCCUCUGUUUUCAUCUUUCAAGCCUUUUAUCUGCUUCUGAGAUUUCUGCCGCAGCCUCAAUAAAAUACGUGAGAAAACUGACACACUUAUGUAGACUUCCAUUUCUGCUGUCACUGAAAGGUUCAAGUUUAUCGCACAAAAUCGCUCAGUGAACAUAUCCAAUACAUACACAUGGUCAUUGUGGUGAUUGAACACCUCUUGUCUAGCCAGGGCUUUGAUGAGCUGUCAAUAAAUCCACCGGAAACAAGA